GUAACCAUGGAAACGCAACUUGUUGGUGGAGGGCUCGAGCACUUCUUUCCACUGGAGAGUGGCUGCCGCCGUUAACCCGAGGCGGUUAACGUAGAGCAAAGACUGCAAUAGGGCGCUCGAGGUUUGCAGUGACGAAGGGGCAGAAUGACUCACUCUCAAGCUGAAAAUGUCAUCAAGAACAUAAUCCGUGAAAUAGGACAAGAAUGUGCCAUGAAGGGCCAGACUGUAUCGGAAACCCUUGUGGCUUUCAUGGUGAAAGUUGUUGUGUUGGAUCCAAGGAAUGGGUUUAAUGUAGACAGGACUCUUACAAAGGCUGAUGUGCAAAAACUUAUUAAGCUGUGUAUUGAGAGACUGCUUGACACAAGGAAUCCUUCUCUGGACACAAUUAAGAUGCAAGUUUAUUUUGAUAUGAACUAUUCAAGUCGAGUUGACUUAAUUAAUGAACAGCAUCGCAUUCUGGAAUCCAGGCUUGCUCCUGUGGGCAGAGAAAUUACAGAUAAUCGUGCUCGAACACGAGAAGAACUGGAAAGUGUUUAUCGAAAAAUGGUCAGCUAUGUUCUACUGCGCUCAGGACUUGGCUCCCCCACAGACAUCAAGGUCAUUAGAGAGGCAACUGCUGCCUUGCAGAGUGUGUUUCCUCAGACAGAGCUUGCUGUUUUCCUGUCUCUCAAUAAGAAGGAAAAAGAGCGCCACUUGAAAGAACUCACCAUGAUUGUGACAGGAAUUCGAUUAUUCAACAAGGACUGUGGGAAGGGAGGAGAAGGCAUUGAUGACUUACCAGCUAUUCUGAAUGAAGCUAUCCCAGCAGCCACCCACCACAUAGAGAUAGAGCUUCAGACUUCCCAGGACUUGGCAUAUCGAUACACAGCCAUAAUUGAAACAAUGCACCAAAGCCUAAAUGCUGAAAUGGAACUGAAACUGACAAUGUUAAAAGAAGUGCUUUACAAUGUGAGACAACAUGAAGCUUAUCUCUGCGUCAUCCUGUCCGAUGUGAUUACUUGCUCACAAGAAAUUGAUAUGAUGCAGAAGCAGCUUGCAGCACAGAUGGAACAGUUAAAAGAUGUUGUUCGGGCAAAAACAGCUGUGCCUACAUCUCAAGUUUAUCCUAGUUUUAUUACACUUUCUAACCUUUGGACCAGCUUUCAAGAUGAGAUACUGGUUCUCAGUUUCCUCAAUAACUUGACUGUCAAUCUCCAGCAAUUCUUGAAUGCCCACGCAGUGAUCUUUCCAGAAGAUGUGAUGGAAUCUCUUCUUGAAGGCAUACGUGUGAAAACGGAUGAUGAAAGGUUAAAGGAAUCAGCUGAUGACAAAGUAAAUGUUUCUGACUUCACAUCAGAAGAAUGGCUCUUUCCAGAAACCACAAUUAAUUUUAGCCAACUGAUAGUUCAGUACCAUGGGUUUUGUGCUUACAGUUUUGCUGUGAAAGAUGGUCUCCUCGUCCCAGGAAAUCCUUCUUUAGGAAUUCUGAAGCAUAAGGAGAAAUAUUACACCUUUUGUUCCAGGGAAUCUGCGUACUGUUUUGCCAGAAAUCCAGAUAAAUAUAUUAAGAUGAUUGGAGACAAAGCAAAGGAAAGUCCAGAACUUAUUCAACUGCUUGAACUUCAUCAUCAAUUUGAAUCUUUGGCCCCUUAUUCACAGAUCAAAAGCAAAGAUAAGAGUUUGAAACCCAUCACAAAGUGUGACAGCAGUACUCAGACUGACACACACAUCUUGCCACCAACUAUUGUGAAGGAUUAUGAGUGGAAUGAAUGGGAGCUGAGAAGAAAAGCCAUCAAACUGGCUAACUUGCGCCAAAAGUUAACACAUUCUGUGCAGACUAACCUCAGUCAUAUGCGAAGGGACAACUCAGCUCAGGUGUACCUGAUGAAGGAUUCCAGCACGCAGACCAAGCGUGAAAGCAGCAGUAACGUACCCAGGCCACAGAUUUUCUUGGCUGGACUUCGAGGAGGAACUCCCCCAAUUACUCGCAUGACUAAAGUGAACUUAACAAGAGCGGUUGAUGAGACAUAGUCAAGAAAGUUGUGAAAAGUCAUUCCAAAGAUGAACAUUAAAAAAUAUCUAGUGAGUCAGAGAUCAUUAUUGAACGCCAUGUAAUGUGCCUACAAUCUGAUUUGACAGUGAGUUUCUGAACUAUGGUGGCAUCCCAGUAACUCACUUUUGACAAUAUAUGACAUAUUAUAUUCAAUAGAUCUCAUUAGCCAGGCCAAGGGCAAGCACUAGGCAUUAUUGCUGACUGUCUCGUUCUGUGCACUGUGCACUGAAAAGUUAUGGGCAAGGUAGCAGUAGCUUGCCACAGGGGGACUGCUUCUCCCACCUCCUAGGAUUUCUUCAUUAGGCCCUCAUAGGUUUGCAUUCCCUAUAGCUAUUGUUUGUUUCUCAAAGGCCAUAAUUCCAUGCCCAUAGUGGCAAUGUAUGAAAAUAUGGCAGUUUAUAUUUUUUUGUGAUAAUAUAGUAAAACCAUGGUUUAACCAUCAAAACAAUGGGUUGAUUUUAUAUUACUUUGUGGGCUUAUGACCGUAUGAGCAGAAGGCACCUUGUCUUGCACUGUGGAUGGAUCACAAUUUUUGUAGUUUGUCUAUAUAAAGUGCAGUCCUCCUUCACUAUCCCUUGCGGUUCCUAAGAUCCCUGGAUCUUCAGAAGCAGCUUUCUGUCUUGUGCAGGGGAUUGCAAAGGGUGUGCAUGUGUGUGUGUGUGGGGUAAUAUUCUUCAAGCAAAGUUCUGCUUGCCAUACUUUGGAUCCAAUCCACUGCAUCCGGAUAAAUCUCAGGAAAAUGGAUGAAUUGUAUACUGGGCAAACAUUAAUGAAAUACAGAUGAGUUUUACUGAAGACCUCAUGUAAAGCUACUAAUGUUUGUGAUGACCAGUUUACUGGUUUUCUACCUGUAGUUUUCUGCAAAAAUCCACUGUUGUCUUUGUCUUCUGGACCAGUUACUCCCCCAGUAAAAGCUAUUAUUAGUUGUUUUGAACCUUGCUUUUUUCAUUUUUUGGCUAAUUUUAUCUGUUACUCUAGUUUACACUGUUGUCCGGUUCGUUCCCUCCAAACUUCCCAAACAUCCUUCAUUUAUGAAGGAUGAGUGUGUAAUGUUCCUUUUUUCAUUGCUCAGGUUGACUAAAUAACGAACACUCCUGUUCAGCAAUUGCCUCCUAGCAUAGUCUUUUGUCAGAUAUUCUUCAAAAUAAAUAAUUUUAUUAAAAAAAUUA